ACGCAGCUGCAACUAAUCUGACACUGAUCGGUUUCUGGGUCCAACAGAAAGGGGGCUGGCUUUGGGCUGCACUGUAGAGGAUCAAAUCGAGCUGUACUUUAAAUGCGCUCCCAGUCGUGGUCCGUUUAAAGUGGAGUAAAUACAGUGAGAGGGAAACAGGAAAAUGGCUAUGGGACUUAUUGGAGACACAGUGGCCACCGUGGGCGGCCUCGUCACGGGAGUCUUGAACUUUUUCACGGACUUCUUUCUCACUCCACCCCUGAAAGCCACUCUGAUGUUCUUGCAGGAAGCUGAGCUUAAAACCCUGACAGGAGACAUAAAGACGUUCAAGGCCAAAAAGCUUUGGGAAAAGUCGGGAGCGGUAGUCAUGGCAGUGCGGCGACCCGGGUGAUUUUUGUGCAGAGAGGAGGCUGCAGAGCUGUCCUCUCUGAAACCCCAGCUGGACAAGCUGGGGGUCCCUCUGUAUGCUGUGGUGAAGGAGGACGUGGGAACCGAGGUUCAGAACUUCAGACCAUACUUCAAGGGGGAGAUUUUCUUGGAUGAAAAGAGGAGGUUUUAUGGGCCCCGUGAGCGGAAGAUGGGACUUCUGGCUUUCAUGCGUUUAGGAGUCUGGUUGAGCGGAGUGCGGGCCUUCAGAAAGGGCUUCAUUGGAAAUGUUUUAGGGGAAGGCUUUGUCCUUGGUGGGGUGUUUGUCAUUGGCCGAGGCCAGCAGGGAAUAUUACUGGAGCACCGAGAGAAGGAGUUUGGGGACAAAGUCAACAUUUCAGAUGUCCUCCAAGCAGUCAGAAAAAUACAACAGUAAAACAAAGCACAAUUUUAGAUAUGCGAAUCAAGGUUUGCCUCUGGGACAUGAGGAUUCAUUGUGUAUGACUGCUCUUGAAACUUUGUGUGUUCAUGAUGGUCUGUUUUUAAACUCAAUAGAGCAAGCAGACUUGAUGUUUAACACCAAGUUCCGUGUAUGUUGUACUGCAGAGCAACUCUGGGACCAGAGACUGACCUUUCAGAACAAUAAAGCAUCUUGUUAUCCUCUG